CCCCCGCACCCGGGGCUAUAAAGUCCCCGCUGCCGGGUGCAUCCGGCUCCGUGUCACCGUCACCGCUGCCACCGCUGCCGUCGUUGCCAUCGCUGCCAUCGCUGCCAUGGCCUUCGUCCCCGCGCCCGGCUACCAGCCCGCCUACAACCCGCCGCUGCCCCACGUGUCGCCCGUGGCCGGGGGGCUGCGGCCCGGCAUGGCCGUCUACGUGCAGGGCGUCGUGGCCCCCAACGCCGACAGGUUCCGGGUGGACCUGGGCGUGGGGGGGGCCGACGUGGCGCUGCACCUGAACCCCCGCUUCGGGCGGGAGGCGGUGGCGGUGCUCAACAGCCGGACGGGGGGGCGCUGGGGGGCCGAGCGCCGCCGGCCCCUGGGACCCCUGGGCCCCGGGUGCCCCUUCGAGCUCGUCGUCACCGUCACCCCCGCUGCCUACCGGAUCCUGCUGAACGGCAGCGACUUCGAGGAGUUCCCGCACCGGCUGCCGCCGGAGCAGGUCACCGCUGUCACCGUGGACGGUGACGUGCAGCUGCAGUCCGUCACCGUGCUGGGGGGCGGCGGAUCGUUCCCCCCCGCCGCGAUGCCGGACGUGCCGCAGCCCAUCCCCUACCCGCAGAACCGCCUGCCGGUGAUGGAGCAGCCGCCGACCUUCCACCCGCCCGUCCCCUUCGUGGCCACCAUCCCGGGGGGGCUCACGCCCAAGAAGACCAUCGUGGUGAAGGGCUUCAUCCCGCCCGACGCCAAGAGGUUCCACAUCAACCUGCGGGCGGGCCGGGGGGGGGACGUGCUGCUGCACGUGAACCCCCGCCUGGGCGAGGGGAUCCUGGUGCGCAACAGCCAGCUGGGGGGGCGCUGGGGGGCCGAGGAGCGGGACCUGCCCCACAACCCGCUGCAGCGCGGCGCCCACUUCGACCUGUCGGUGCGCUGCGGGAACCACCGCUUCAAGGUGUUCGCCGAGGGGCGGCCGCUCUUCUCCUUCGCCCACCGGGCGCCGCCGGGGCCCCACGUCGACACCCUCGAGGUCGGCGGCGACGUCGUCCUCUCCUACGUCCACUUCUGAGCCCCACGGCCGGCCCCACGGCGCAGCCCGGCCCCACGGCGCAGCCCCCAGCCGGCCCCAUAGAGCAGCCCAGAACCAGCCCCACGGCCGGCCCCAUAGCACAGCCCAGUGCUCACCCCACAGCCAGCCCCACAGUUCACCUCAGCCCCAUAGCACAGGCCAGAGCCAGCCCCACAGCUCACCCUGGCCCCACGGCGCAGCCCCCGGCCGGCCCCACAGCUCGCCCCAGCCCCAUAGAGCAGCCCAGAACCAGCCCCACGGCCAGCCCCAUAGCACAGCCCAGCACUCAUCCCAUAGCCAGCCCCAUAGCUCAUCCCAGCCCCAUAGAGCAGCCCAGAACCAGCCCCACGGCCAGCCCCAUAGAGCAGCCCAGAGCUCACCCCAUAGCCAGCCCCACAGCUCGCCCCAGCCCCAUAGAGCAGCCCAGAACCAGCCCCACGGCCAGCCCCAUAGAGCAGCCCAGAGCUCACCCCAUAGCCAGCCCCACAGCUCGCCCCAGCCCCAUAGAGCAGCCCAGAACCAGCCCCAUGGCCAGCCCCAUAGAGCAGCCCAGAGCUCACCCCAUAGCCAGCCCCACAGCUCGCCCCAGCCCCAUAGAGCAGCCCAGAACCAGCCCCACGGCCAGCCCCAUAGCACAGCCCAGCACUCAUCCCAUAGCCAGCCCCAUAGCUCAUCCCAGCCCCAUAGCACAGCCCACAGCCAGCCCCAUAACUCACCCCACAGCCAGCCCCACAGCUCACCCCAUAGCGUGUCACAGCACCUGCUCCAUAGCCAGCCCCACAGCUCGCCCCAUAGCACAGCCUGUCACCAGCCCCACAGCUCACCCCAUAGCCUGCCCAUAGCUCACUCCAUGGCAGAGCCAGCCCCAUAACUCACCCCAGAGCCGGCCCCAUAGCCAGCCCCACAGCUCGCCCCAUAGAACAGCCUGUGGCCAGCCCCAUAGCACAGCUCAUAGCCUGUCCAUGACCCACCCCAUGGCACAGCCCCAUAGCCAGCCCCACAGCUCACCCCAUGGCCUGCCCAUAACUCACCCCAUGGCACAGCCAGCUCCAUAGCCCACCCCACAGCCAGCCCCACAGCCUGCCCAUAACUCACCCCAUAGCCAGCCCCAUAGCCAGCCCCACAGCCUGCCCAUAACUCACCCCAUAGCCAGCCCCACAGCUCACCCCAUCACCUGUCCAUAACUCACUCCAUGGCCCAGCCAGCCCCAUAACUCACCCCAUAGCCGGCCCAUAGCUCAUCCCAUGGCAGAACCCCACAGCCCACCCCAAAGCUGGCCCCAUAGCCAGCCCCACAACUCACCCCAUAGCCUGCCCAUAGCUCACGCCAUGGCCCAGCCCCACAGCUCAACUCACAGCCUGCCCAUAACUCACCCCAGAGCCAGCCCCAUAGCUCACCCCAGAGCUCACCCCAGAGCCACACCAUAACUCACUCCAUGGCCCAGCCCCACAGCUCACCCCACAGCCCACCCCAUAGCCGGCCCCACAGCAGCGCCGCUGCCUGUGCCCACUGCUGACCCCAAUAAAGCUGCCGUUGCACAUGC